AUGGCCGUCAGCAGGGGGAAGAUCGUCGCGGUACUCUUGGUGCUCUACGCAGCUGUCUGGGCACAUGUCUUCCGCCAGCCUCGCACCUUGCCCGUGCUGAGAUUCCUGCUGGCUCCGAUUGUCGCAGUCGCCGCUCUAGGUGUGUACGCAGCGUACUCAGUCAUCCUGGGCGUUAUCACAUUCAACCGCUCCCAUACCGCUACCGCCGAGUUGAAGGAGGAUCUUAAGAUGGCCGUUGUAGGCCUGAGACGACUGGGUUUCGACUUCGAAAAGUUUGGCAUACCCAGGGCAUAA